AUGGCCACAGCGUAUAGAUUCGACGUCCCAACUCGAGGGGAUGGCAUCCUUCGAUAUCCAGCCGAUGCCAGCACGGCGUCCAAGGUGUCUGAGCUACUUCAGAGAGAUCUCGAGAUCCCCCACCAACUCCUCACCCUCUACGGAACGGGUGCAUCGUCAUCCCAGCUCCAAUCCGGCUUUGACAGCAACCAGACCUACCAAGCACGGCUGGCCAAGGCGAGACCAGAGGUCGUGGCCCGUCUGCGGGACGACUACGCCGCCGCCCUGCCCGAUUACGUCGGCAAGGCGAAGCACUACGUCGACUUCCUACGCUUCUUCCAGGGCGAGAUCGAGCAGAAGGGUUGGCAGGCCGUCCUGGUGGAAUACCUGCUUCGCGAGGAGGAAGGGGAGGACGGUCCGGCGCUGCAGCUCCUCACCCGUCUGUACGCGAGCUUCCUCCAUCCCCUCAUCCACCUCAUGUUCGGCGUGGAGUGGGAGCAGCCGGCCCUCGUAGCGGAGGCCCUCGCCCAGACGGCCGUCCACGACGACGACGCGGCCAUACGCAGCUUCUUCCUCGACUCUGAGAAGGCUGCCGCCUCUGCCGCUGCUGCUGCUGCUGCUGAGGGUGGAAAUAGCAGUGAUUAUGGUACCGACUUCGCCCGUCUGUUCGAGCAGGCUGCCAAGGACGACAAGCUAAGGAAGAGCUCAUCGUGGGAUGACACCUUGGGCCCGCACGUCUGCGGCCGCGUCCUGGGCAAGGUACACCAUGAGAUGGUGCGCCUCGCUGCCAAGGUCAAGGUCUCGCCUGAUAACCUGGCCGAGAAGACGGCCGAGAUGGGUCAUGUCAAUGCGUACGUUGCCGCUUUGGGUGCCUGGAAUCCACCCUACAUUCCCAAGUUUGAUUUCUUCUUCAUCCACCAUGUCAAUUCUGUACCCUUCUUCAGCGCGGUAAACGCCCAUUCCUGGAUCCCUACGUCCACCAAGACGCGCCUCCUGGAGUGGAAGAUGCGCCUCGACCUGCUGCAGUACGUGGCGGGUGGGUUGCCUUCCCUCGACCACGAAGCAAUACUCGACACAUACACGCCCCAGGACGAGCGAGACCGUGCUGCUCUGCUGGCUGCUGGCGGUGAUGGCCAUGCGCAGAGCCCUCGUGAUCUGCUCCCACGUGUGCAUGCCAUCCCUGACGAUGGACACAUCAUCAAGCUCUCCAGGGCGCUCAUACUCAUCCAGGAGAGGACUGCAGAGUUCUCCGACAGGGAGUGGGUGCGUAUCAGACGGGACGAUCAGUGGCUCAGGAUCCAUUAUAUGCUUCUUCGUGGGGUCGAGAGGGAGUCGGGUCACUGGGUGAUGUCGCCUGGGUUUAAGCAGUCGUGGAGGGGGGUCCCGAAGCUUUGA